AUCAAAUUAUCGGAUAAAGACCGCCAAAAAGUGCAGGCAACACGACCGCGGCUGGUCAUGACGCCAGCAGUAAGCAUGGAUGAUAUUGACAACUCCGAAGCUCGCGAACUUCUAAUAAACGAUAUUUACCAAUCGAGCGUACAGAAGAUGCAAGAAGAGAUUCGCAACUCUUGGCGCGACCACAGCUACCGCGCGCCGCUCAAUGGACAACUUACCUGUGCUCAGCCGAUAACCCUGCAAAAGCUGCAAGUGCCUUACGUAUCUCCUGAAUGGCGCAUGGAAUCUGUAUCAUGGGACAAUCGUCAGGUCCGCGCGUACUGUGAUCCUUGCAAGGAGUUCUAUUUAUCGAGAGAACCAAAAUGCAGUGCAUGCGAUUUCACCGCUACCAGAGAAUCCCAGAAGGCAAAGAAAACACAAUAAUCAGUAACAAUAAGCUUUAUUUCCAACAUCAAAAUAUACAUACCUACGUAUUACAUUUUAGAAUAUUUAUUUUGGAAUAAUGUAUUUUAGAAUGUUUUUGUCU